GCUGUUCAAACGUAGCACGGUGUUUUUUUUUCAGCUGUCCAAUUCUUGCUGCUUGGUCGGUGACGGAGCCGAAGCGGGCGGCAGCUCCGAGUGGAGCCGAGUGCAGCCGAAGACCGCGCUGACCGACCUGAGCGUUUUCCUCCACAGAAGCAGGAGAAGCGUGACUGAGCCGCGCGAGGCGUCGCAACUCCUCACCUUCCACCGCUCCUUCCGGGGGAGGACUGCACUCCCGCACUCGCGGGCGCAACUUAGGAGACACGGGGACUAGAUUCCAUCUUGAAUUCACCAAUUGUUCCCAGUCGCGGGAACCCGCCGGGGACUUUUCUGGGAGCAGCGGACGGACAGCGCUGUGCGCGAGCCCCGGACGCCCGUGCAGGACCUCGUGUUCCCCGGACUUCCACAGUCCCCCUCUGUUUUCCUGCCCUGGACUGCUGUUUUUUGCUUCUUUUUUUGCUUUGACACUCAAGUGGAUUUGUGCGAACUGGACUAGCGGAGGACGGCGAUGCUCCCGGCGACGACAGAGCGGAGACUCAGAUCAAGUGCGGUGGAGGAGCAGCGCAUCAAGUGCAAACCCGUGUCUCUGAAAUGAGCUUGUGCUGUGAUCAAACCCUUUUGGACUUAAAUGGGAUUGUAGUGUUUCCAGUCAUCUGGACCAUUCGAAUGAGACAGGCGUUGAGGGAGUCUUCUGCACCACUGGAUAUUUCUUUCCCCUGGAUUUCUCUCUGGAAUAAGUGCCUCGCCGCUCAGAAGGAAUGAGGAUUUGUCUAUAAGUGGACUUAAUUGACAUGCGUCGGUGCUAGUGAUUGAUCCUGUCACAGUGGGACGCGUCUAAGGGGGGACCGAGGAGGACCCACAACAUGGUGCAUCACAUCCACCCGGCAGUGCCCCUCCGGUCCAGAGGGGCGGUGCUGUUGCUGUUUCUGCUCUGCUGCGCGGAGUUCUCCUCUUCUGCAGACAGCAUGCCGAGUUUCGUGAAAACCCCAGAGGACCAGACGGGGAUCUCGGGCGGCGUGGCUUCCUUCGUGUGUCAGGCCACCGGGGAGCCCAAACCCAGGAUCACCUGGAUGAAGAAAGGCAAGAAAGUCAGCUCGCAGCGCUUUGAGGUGAUCGAGUUCGACGACGGCUCAGGCUCGGUUCUGAGGAUCCAGCCGCUGCGCACCCACAGAGACGAGGCCAUUUACGAGUGCACGGCCACCAACAGCGCCGGCGAGAUCAACACCAGCGCCAAGCUCACGGUGCUCGAAGAGAACCAGAUCCCGCACGGCUUCCCCACCAUCGACAUGGGCCCCCAGCUGAAGGUGGUGGAGCGGACCCGCACGGCCACCAUGCUGUGCGCGGCCAGCGGGAACCCCGACCCGGAGAUCUCGUGGUACAAGGACAUGCUUCCCGUGGACAUCAACAGCAGCAACGGCCGCAUCAAGCAGCUGCGCUCAGGUGGUACGCCCAUCCGAGGUGCUCUUCAGAUCGAGAACAGCGAGGAGUCGGACCAGGGCAAGUACGAGUGCGUCGCCAUGAACAGCGCCGGGACACGUUACUCAGCUCCGGCCAAUCUCUACGUGCGAGUGCGCAGGGUCCCGCCGCGCUUCUCCAUCCCGCCCACCAACCAGGAAGUGAUGCCCGGCGGCAGCGUCAACCUGACCUGCGUGGCCGUGGGCUCGCCGAUGCCCUACGUCAAGUGGACCAAGGGCGGCGAGGACCUGACCAAGGAGGAGGAGAUGCCGAUGGGACGCAACGUGCACGAGGUCACCAACAUCCGCGAGUCGGCCAACUACACGUGCGUGGCCAUGUCGUCCCUCGGCAUCAUCGAAGCCACCGCUCAGGUCACCGUCAAAGCCUUGCCAAAACCGCCCACCUCCCUCAUCGUCACCGAGACCACCGCCACCAGCGUCACCCUCACAUGGGACUCGGGCAACCCCGAGCCGGUGGCCUACUACAUGAUCCAGUACCGACCCAAAGUGUCCGACAACGGCUUCCAGGAGGUGGAAGGAGUGGCCACGACUCGCUACAGCAUCGGCGGACUCAGCCCCUUCUCCGAGUACGAGUUCCGGGUCAUGGCCGUCAACAACAUCGGCCGCGGGCCUCCCAGCGACCCCGUGGAGACCCGCACGGGGGAGCAGGCGCCCUCCUCGCCGCCGCUGCAGGUCCAGGCUCGCAUGCUGAGCGCCACCACCAUGCUGGUCCAGUGGGCCCAGCCCGAGGAGCCCAACGGCCAAAUCCGAGGCUACAGAGUUUACUACAGCUCAGACCUGACGGCGCCGCUCAGCGCCUGGCAGAAGCACAACACGGACGACAGCCACCUGACCACCAUCUCUGGUCUGACCCCCGACAUCACCUACAGCCUGAGGGUGCUGGGCUUCACCUCGGUGGGUGACGGGCCGCCGUCCGACAUCCUGCAGGUCAAAACUCAGCAGGGAGUCCCCGCCCAGCCGUCCAGCUUUGAGGCCGAAGCUGAACUGGACACUUGUAUCCGGCUGACAUGGCUCUGGCCCGUCCAGGACCCGAUCACCAAGUACGAGCUGCAGUACUGGGAGGCCGGAUCGGAUCACAAGGAGCACGUGACCUUUGACCCCGUGGGCACCUAUGCUGUGGAACGGCUGAAGCCUGACACGCUGUACCGCUUCUCCUUGGCAGCCCGCUCAGAAAUGGGUCUGGGCGUCUACACGCAGCCCAUCGAGGCCCGCACCGCCCAGUCCACUCCCUCCGCCCCCCCUCAGGACGUCCAGCUGCUCAGCCUCAGCUCCACCCGACUCAUGGUGAGUUGGGUGGCGCCGCCGGCCGCCAGCCGCCACGGCGCCAUCGUGCGCUACACGGUGAGCUACCAGGCGCUGGCGGGGGAAGACACGCAGCGCCACGAGGUGAGCGGCAUCGGGGCCGACGCCACCAGCUACGUGCUGGACGACCUGGAGAAGUGGACCGAGUAUCAGGUGUGGGUGAGGGCGCACACUGACGUGGGCCCCGGGCCCGAGAGCCCCCCGGUCAGGAUGAGAACCAAGGAGGACGUGCCCGGAGCGCCCCCUAGGAAGCUGGAGGUCGAGGCUCUCAACUCCACCGCCAUCCGCGUCUCCUGGAAGCCACCGCUGCAGCUGAAGCAGCACGGCCAGAUCCGAGGCUACCAAGUCAUCUUCUCGCGGCUGGAGAACGGCGAGCCGCGCGGACAGCCCAACAUCAUGGACGUGGCUCUGCCCGAGGCUCAGUGGAAUAUUGACGAGUCCACCGAGCAUGAGGCCGUCAUCGCCGGGCUGCAGUCCGAGACCACGUACUCGGUGACCGUGGCGGCCUACACCACCAAGGGAGACGGAGCCAGAAGCAAAGCCAAAGUCAUCACCACCACCGGGGCGGUCCCGGGGAAGCCCUCCAUGAUCAUCAGCACCACCACGGAGAACACGGCGCUGGUCCAGUGGCAGCCUCCGAAGGAGAUGGUGGGCGAGCUGAUGGGCUACCAGCUGCAGUACAAGCGCACCGACGACGACAGCUACGUGUCCCGCGAGCUGCGCAAGGUGGACGAGCACUUCACCGUCACCGGGCUGCACAAGGGCGCCACCUACGUCUUCCGCCUCAGCGCCAGGAACCGCGCCGGCAUCGGCGAAGCCUACGUGAAGGAGAUCACCACGGCUGAGGACGUGCCCACGGGCUACCCCCUCAACCUGCAGGUGACCGGUCUGACCCAGUCCAGCACCCAGCUCACCUGGGAGCCCCCCCUGCUGGCCGAGCGCAACGGCAAGAUCCUCCACUACGUGGUGGUCUACCGGGACAUCAACAGCCAGCGGAACAGCACCAACCGCACCGCGCACACCAACAUCACCAUCCACGGCCUCAACCCCGACACCACCUACGACAUCAGGGUGCAGGCCUUCACCAGCAAGGGGGGCGGCCCCCUGAGCCCCAGCAUCCAGAGCCGGACCAUGUCCAACGAUUUCCCCACGUUGAACUUCGGUGUGAAGGCUGUGAUGAAGACCUCCGUCCUGCUCACCUGGGACCUUCCUCCCAACUACAAGGCUCAGACUCCGUUCAAGAUCCUGUACAACCAGCAGAGCGUGGAGGUCCACGGCGACCGGAAGAGGAAGCUGAUCUCGCAGCUGGAGCCGGACACCGACUACUCCUUCGUGCUGAUCAGCCGCGGCAACAUGGCCGGGGGUCUGCAGCAGCAGGUGUCCGUGCGCACGGCCCCCGACCUCAUCAAGACCAAGCCCAUGUACAGCACCCACCAGGCUCACGGCGGCAAGAUGACCAUCAAACUCCCCAAGGUCCAGACCACCACCAGCGUCAGGUGGUACUACGUGGUGGUGGUGCCGGUCUCCCAGGCCAGGCAGUGGACCAACCCCGACGAGAUGGACCUGGACGAGCUUCUGAAGUCCAGCGAAGGGCCGGCGCUGAGGCGGCGCCGCCGUCACCUGGACUCCUCCAAGCCGUUCAUCGCCGCCAAGCUGACGUCGCUGCCCACCAACUUCACCCUCGGAGACGAGAAGAUGUACAACGGCUUCUUCAACAAGCCGCUGACCAGCCAGCAGAUGUACCUCUGCUUCGUGCUCGCCGUGCUGCGGAACAAGGGCGCGGACAACAGCGCCAACUACAUGACCUUCUCCGCCAGCCCCUACUCCGACCUGAUCCAGGUCACCACCGUGGAGCAGCCCGAGAUGCUGUGGGUGAUGGGCCCGGUCCUGGCUGUCAUCCUCAUCAUCAUCAGUGUCAUCGCCAUCCUGCUGUUGAAAAACAAACCGGAAAGGAAGCGCGCCUCCCCUGUACCCAAGGACGACCACUCCGGCGGGGUGAAGGAGCACCUGCUGCAGAACUCCAACGACCCCGUGGAGAUGCGACGGCUCAACUACCAGACUCCAGGUCCCAGCACUCAUCGCUGCCCCAACACGCCAAGAAUGAGGGAGCACCCGCCCAUCACCGUGGCCGACCUGGCCGACCACAUCGAGCGCUUGAAAGCCAACGACAGCCUGCGGUUCUCCCAGGAGUACGAGUCCAUCGAUCCGGGCCAGCAGUUCACCUGGGAGAACUCCAACAUGGAAGUCAACAAACCAAAGAAUCGUUACGCUAACGUCAUCGCCUACGACCACUCCAGAGUGGUGCUGACCCCUGUGGACGCGGUGCCGGGCAGCGACUACAUCAACGCCAACUACAUCGACGGCUACAGGAAGCAGAACGCCUACAUCGCCACGCAGGGGCCGCUGCCUGAGACGCUGAGCGACUUCUGGAGGAUGGUGUGGGAGCAGCGGUCCAACACCAUCGUCAUGAUGACCAGGCUGGAGGAGAAGUCGCGGGUGAAGUGUGACCAGUACUGGCCCAUACGAGGAACCGAGACCUACGGGAUGAUCCAGGUCACCAUGCUGGACACCGUGGACUUGGCCACCUACAGCGUCCGAACGUUCGCGCUCUACAAGAACGGCUCCAGUGAGAAGAGGGAGGUGCGACAGUUCCAGUUCAUGGCCUGGCCGGACCACGGCGUGCCCGAGUACCCCACCCCCAUCCUGGCUUUCCUCAGACGCGUGAAGGCCUGCAACCCUCCGGACGCUGGACCCAUGGUGGUGCACUGCAGCGCCGGCGUGGGCAGAACCGGCUGCUUCAUCGUGAUCGACGCCAUGUUGGAGCGCAUGAAGCACGAGAAGUCGGUGGACAUCUACGGUCACGUGACCUGCAUGAGAGCCCAGAGGAACUACAUGGUGCAGACGGAGGACCAGUACAUCUUCAUCCACGAGGCUCUGCUGGAGGCCGCCACCUGCGGGAACACCGAGGUGCCCGCCCGAAACCUGUACGCCCACAUCCAGAAGCUCACCCAGCCGCCGGCCGGGGAGACGGUGACCGCCAUGGAGCUGGAGUUCAAGAGACUGGCCAACUCCAAAGCCCACACGUCGCGCUUCAUCAGUGCCAACUUGCCCUGCAACAAGUUCAAGAACCGCCUGGUCAACAUCAUGCCUUUCGAGUCCACCCGCGUCUGCCUGCAGCCCAUCCGAGGCGUGGAGGGCUCCGACUACAUCAACGCCAGCUGCAUCGACGGCUACAGACAGCAGAAGGCCUACCUGGCCACCCAGGGCCCCCUGGCCGAGACCACCGAGGACUUCUGGAGGAUGCUGUGGGAGCACAACUCCACCAUCGUGGUGAUGCUCACCAAGCUGCGAGAGAUGGGCCGGGAGAAGUGUCACCAGUACUGGCCCGCUGAGCGCUCAGCCAGGUACCAGUACUUCGUGGUGGACCCCAUGGCCGAGUACAACAUGCCCCAGUACAUCCUGCGAGAGUUCAAAGUCACAGAUGCAAGGGAUGGGCAGUCCAGAACCAUCCGCCAAUUCCAGUUCACCGACUGGCCCGAGCAGGGAGUGCCAAAAACCGGGGAGGGCUUCAUCGACUUCAUUGGACAAGUGCACAAAACCAAGGAGCAGUUCGGGCAGGACGGGCCCAUCACGGUCCACUGCAGUGCCGGGGUGGGAAGGACCGGGGUCUUCAUCACCCUCAGUAUCGUGCUGGAGAGGAUGAGGUACGAGGGCGUGGUCGACCUCUUCCAGACCGUCAAGACGCUUCGCACGCAGCGGCCCGCCAUGGUGCAGACCGAGGACCAGUACCAGUUGUGCUACCGGGCAGCGUUGGAGUACCUGGGGAGUUUUGACCACUAUGCAACGUAACCACUUUCACCGAGCAGCCUCCCUGGUCAGACCUCUCAGGAGUGCCAAGUGUCCCAAACCCAUCCAACCCAACACCCUCCCUCCCUCGCAGCCACCAGAGGGGACGAGAAAAGAAGGGACACCGCCCACCGUCCGCCCCCCUCAUCUGCAGACUCUUGUACAGACCGGCCAACUAACUCUCCCCGAUCGUCACGGCGACUGGUAGCACCACGCUUGUCUGGUUUUGACCUUGUUUUUACUCCUCAUCGUAACAUUCUGUCUUAAACCUUGUUUCUUUUGUUGUCAUGAUUGUUUUUAUAUACGUUCACGCGAGGGUACUUUAGCACAGGGCCGCAUGUGUUCGCCACAUGUCCCCACCAACUCGUACAGGAGGACCACUGAGCUGCUUUCUCGUUCUGUUGUUACCGGGCAGUUGACGACGAUGCCUUCAACACUCAGAGCACAAAGUUCGCGAGAGAAUCCGAGACGGAAAAGCACAUGAUUCUUUUUUUUGUCGUGAUUUUCAUCGGAAGCCGACGGCAUCGAGGCCUUCAUGCUCCACAGCGGAGAACUUCCUUGAGGAACCCAGACUUUUCUACCCAAAGGGUAAUCAACCAUACGAAGAAACACCACCCCCCCUCCCCCCAGUCCAUCCCCGAUCUCUGGAUACAGACCCUCUCGCCUCCUCGCUGGGGGCGGAGCCAUCACUGCUGUACAGAAUCAUUCCUGCCAGAGAAGAUCUGGACUGACGUUAUUUUAUACAGAAAUAGAAGUAUAAAUAUAUAAUUAUGAUUGAUUAUAUAUAUGUACAAUUACACAUAGAUAUAUACGCAGCUUUGAGAUAUAUUGUUGAAGAUGAUCAGCCGAGCGUCGGGCGCCCGCCGUCCCAGAGUGUGUGUUAAUGGAUCCACUGUUGUAUCUACCAUCGUAACUUCCGUCGGCGGGUGUGGACGACAGCACAGCCUCGCCCCCCACCCUCCCUCCCUCCCUCCCCCACCACACUCAAGCACACAUCUCCUCCAGGGGAAGGCAGCGGCGCAGGUGGGCGGGAGACGGGGGAAAAAAACAAAAACGCUGGCGACAAACGUUCAUUUUUACCUUGUGAAUGCUUUAGUGCUGUAGGGGUUCGACCUGUUGUACACACAGUCUGUUUUCUAUCUGUUGAUAAAGACCUGGAAUUUAAAAACUGUUGACGAAAAACAAAAACAUCGAUGUUAAUAAAGAUAAAUAAUUGGGUUUUUGUAAA